AUGCGAACGCAAUGCUUUUGGAGCACGUUGUCUCACACCCAUCUUGUGCAACGUGCGGCAAUUGCAAAUUGUUCGACACGGAACCCGUCUCGGAACCUGUCUCGGAAUUCGACUUGGGUCACUGUUUGGGUCACUGAGGCCUUGUUCGACACGCCCAGCUUCGUUCAGGGAGCCCAACGCAGCAGCCCCUUCGUCAACCCCAUUCAGACAUCUGUCUUCGAGCUUUUGAAGAUUGGCAUCGGCCCAUCCAGCAGCCACACAGUCGGGCCCAUGCUGGCUUGUCGAAAUUUUGCGAAGCGCCUGGCAAAGCAGAACUUGUUGGGCGAGCUGUCAACGGUCUUGGUGGAACUGCGGGGUUCGCUCGCUCUCACGGGCAUUGGACAUGGCACCAACAAGGCGUGUGUCUUGGGCCUGCACGGUGUGACACCUGCGGAGGUCGACCCGGCCACAAUCGAGUCUUUCCUGAUGGACGUGAAGGAGCGAGGCGAGCUUCUGGUGGGUUUUAAGAGCGAUUUCAAGGAGAUUGUGUUUUCCGAGGAGGAGGACGUGCUGCUGGUGGCCGAGGAGCUUCCGCUGCAUCCGAACGCCUUGAUCUGCCGAGCGCUGUCGAACGACUUCACCUGUUUGUUGGAAGUUCGCUACUAUUCCACUGGGGGAGGUUUCAUCCUCUCUGAGGAAGAGAUGCUUGCAUCUGGACACAGUGCAAGCGCAGGCCGUCCCUUCCCUAUACCUUUUCGGAGCAUGGCCGAGCUGCUCUCUAUCUGUGACGAAAAACAAGUGGACAUUGCAACGGUGGUCCGUGCAAAUGAGGAGGCACAGAGGAGCCCAGAGGAGGUCCGCGUGGGCUUGGCCGAGCUCUGGGCCGUCAUGGAGAGCUGCAUCCAACGUGGGUUGGAACCGUCCAAAACCGAUGAUUUGUUGCCGGGCCCUUUGCAGAUCCGUCGGCGCGCCCCACGACUCUAUGCUACCGCCAUGCAGGAGCAAAGGCACGAAGGUGAAGAGUUGAAACCACAGCAGCCUGUGAUGGAUGAGUUGCGCUGGUUGAAUUGUUAUGCCUUGGCCGUGAUGGAAGAGAAUGCUUGCAUGGGGCGCUUGGUCACGGCUCCCACAAAUGGAGCAGCUGGAGUCGUUCCUGCCGUUUUGGCUUAUUACAUGAGGCACCUCCGACCAACACAGCCAGAGUCUGAGAAAAACGAUCCUGCCACCUUCCUACUGACGGCAGCAACCAUCGGAGUCCUUGCCAAGGAACACGCUUGUAUUUCAGGUGCAGCAGGAGGUUGCCAGGCUGAAGUGGGCACUGCCACUGCGAUGGCCGCUGCUGGGCUCAUGGCUGUGCUGAAUGGAACUCCGCAGCAGGUGGCAGCAGCUGCGACCAGCGCAUUGGAACACAGCUUGGGAAUGACGUGUGAUCCAGUCCUGGGUUUGGUUCAGGCUCCAUGCAUUGAGCGCAACUCCAUGGGCGCCACCAAGGCUGUGAACGCUGUAGCCUUGGUUCGCUCCGGUGCCUCUCAGAGUUUGUUGGACCUGGACGGUGUACUCCGUGUGAUGAAGGAGACAGGAAGCGCAAUGGACAAACGGUAUCGAGAAACAGCUUUGGGUGGCCUUGCGGCUGACUAUGAGCGCAAGACGUGGUGAGUCGCAGCAUGGGUUUCCGACGCAUCCAGCAUGGCACUAAAAAGCAGCUGAGAAGGCAAGUGACCUACGAGGACCUGGAGCAGAGGUUGGUCUUCCAGCGCAUGGAGCGUCAGGCUGUCUCAAAGUGCUAAGAUGUGCGAAGGCUGCAGCUUGAAGCAUGGCGUGGCAUUUUGACUGUUUGCAACCUUUGAGGAGCAAUGCGGCAAUGCCUUGCAACAUCUUUCAACAAGAUCUUCGGCGCAUGCGUCUGCGCCGUCUGCAGCGUCGCUGCGCCUGACAAUUGAUAGUGCUUCACCACUUUUGCGCCGAUGCCACUGAUGCUAGCGGCCACUGCAGUGUCGCCACGGCAACUACAUACAACUGCAUUCGGUUUCAGAGGAUGUAGGUCGAGCUUCCGAAGAAGUUCGGGGAGAGUCAUAGACUCUUAGAAUGAUCUGCGAAUUGAGGCACUCCAUGUAACGCAUGGCAGCUCUGGCAAAGCUGCAUAACAUGUGCAUGUUGACAAGGUGCCCCUUCCGCAUGUGUAUGUGUGUACAGGCUCACCGGUGCAAAACGGUUGCAGUCCAUUUGGAACCCACAGUGGAAAGUUUGCUCACAGCACCUCGCUGUGCAAGUGCCCUCGGCCAUGUGCAGUGAGGCCAAAGAUCCAUUUUGGUUUCGAUAUGUUUCGAUGUUCAUUGGACGGACAUGGACGGAGCGUGUAGAACGUGAAGUCUCGAUUGUGUCGUGGGAGGUCCAAUCUCAGGAAGGGUUUGCGAUUGCAGGGCGAAGAAUCAUCGUUUCAUUUUCAGAU